GGUCUCCUCGAUAGACAGGGGAAACACAUGGGAAAAAGCAUGGAAGGAAGAAAUCCUUUGUUUGCCUCAAGUAAGGUUCUGUAGCUUUGUUAAAUCAUCGCAAUAACACUCAAUGCAUGAACAUUAGCCUUUAAAAAUGUAAUUAAUUUUAGACAUACGUUUUCUUGGGUUUACCACAGAUAUGCUGUCUUCUACAUUUGUUGAAGUCCUUGUUCAGUUUUGCUCUAAUACUGUAGAGGUGAAUGGUCUGAAAGGGGACAUUAAAGCGCCUCUCCGGGGGCUCCUUUGUUCUCGGCCUCAUUUGAUGCUUCGCGGCCUUUUCAAACCGCGCCGCGGAAGGUGCUUUAAAUAUUUGCCCCCAGAGUCAAACCACCCCCCCCCCCACAGGCUGCGAGCGGGCGGCGGCAGAGGCGCCCAUGGACAAGGGCCGCUUCUCGGUGGAGUGGCUGGCACAGAGCAGCUGCGGCGGGGCCCGGACUGCUCACCGCCACCUCCGCGACGCCCAGGACAGUCGCCCAAGGGACCUCGCCCCCGGAGGUCCGGAGCGGAGCAGCCCCGAAGCGGAGGAGGGAGGAGGAGGAGGAGGAGGCGGCGUUGCCGCGCCCGGGCGGCCCCGCACCAAGUUCUCGGCGGCGCAGCUGCGGGAGCUGGAGCGGAGUUUCCGCGAGCAGCGCUACAUCGGCGCCAGCGAGAAGCGGCGCCUGGCAGCCUUGCUCAACCUCUCCCAGAGUCAGAUAAAAACCUGGUUUCAGAAUCGCCGGAUGAAGUUUAAACGCGAGACGCAAGAUGCCAGGGUGGAAGCUCUGGUCUCUGGUUUGUUUCUGCCCUAUCGUUGUUACCCAGAUAUCGUCACACCCAGCCCUUCUCACGGGAUGGACGCCAGCGUCUCUGCUACCCGUGGUGUCUCCCUUCACCCGGCGGUGCCGAGUCCUGCCUUGCUGGUACCCACGGUUCCGUCUCAGUCUGCUCAGCCAGUUCUGCCAAGUCCAGCCUUACUGUUGCCUCCCAGCCCAGGACUCUCUUAUUCUACCGCAAUGCCAGCAAUGACUUUAACCGACGACCAUAAAAGACUGAGGUUCCAGCCAUAUCUUCCUUCC